GUAGUACUUGUGCAUGCCACCUGGAGCAGUGCUAAAUGUUAAACCAGAUCACUUAGCACUCAGGGAGGAACAUUUUGUGCUUCUGAAACAGGGAUUAGGAACCGUAAUACUUCACCCCAUGUGCUGUUGUUCACCGACAUCCACACAGAGCGCUUAUCUUUUUACUUCAACCCAGAAAAGUGAGACAGGACAGCAGCUCAGGAUGCUGCAAGUCAGCUAGCUUGCUAAACAAGCUAAGCCAGUUUUCGGCAGCAGCUGUUUGUUUGUUUGUUUAUUUAUUUUAUUUGUUUUUAACCGAGUGUGUGGCUUUGGUUUGUAUCUAACAAGCCCUCAUUGUGGAUUAACAUUUGAUACUUCGUUCUCCCGGACGUGAUCUUGCAUCUAAAUAUGGAUCUGUUUGAAAAUGACCGAGCUCCACUUCCCCGGAACAUGAUAGAAAACAGUAUGUUCGAGGAGGAACCUGACGUGGUGGAUCUGGCGAAGGACUCGCCCUCCCACCCCAUCGACUCGGAUGAUGUCGUGUACGAUCCGCGCAGCUCCAGGCUGCUGGUACGCGGCCUUGGCGAGAAUGAGCUGGAAGAAGAUGAGGAGGACUAUGAGUCUUCAGCUAGACUCCUGGGCAUGUCCUUCAUGAACCGUAGUUCCAGCCAGCACAGCGCCGCCGCCUCCUACAGCCGCCAGCAACGAUCCAGUUCAUGCUGGAUGCCUUCUGCGAAGACCAUGGUGGUGGGAGUCUUGCUCCUUGUCUUCAUUGCCUCAGUGGGUAUGGUCAUCUACUUCCUGCCCAAGUGCACUUUUUCCAAAGAAGGCUGCCACAAUGCCAGCUCCGCCUUGGAAGUCAUCUAUCCAGUCUCCAAAAAUGGCGAUCUUUUCCCAUGGACGGAGCGGAGGCUUCCAACCAGUGUGCGUCCUGUUGACUACGAGAUCUCGCUUUAUCCCAACCUGACCACCAUGACUUUCACAGGGAGUGUAGCCAUCACUGUUGUGGUCCUGCAAGAGACCAAGAAGAUUGUUUUGCACAGCUCUGAUAUGCAGAUACAGAAGGUCACUUUCCAAGGCAAAGAAGUGAAGAUCUUGGAGUACGAGCCCUGGCAGCAGAUUGCUAUCAAGUUGUCAGAGGAACUUAAAAAGGGACAAAAGUAUGUGCUGAAAAUCAACUAUUCAGCAAACUUCUCCAGCAGCUAUGAUGGCUUCUAUAACAGCUCUUACACUGACACAAGUGGAAAAAAAAGAGUUUUGGCCGCUACUCAGUUUGAACCCCUGGCUGCCCGCAAGGCUUUUCCUUGUUUUGAUGAACCUGCCUUUAAGGCCAGAUUUCUAAUUAAGAUAAAGAGAGAAGCGGACUACAUCAGCCUUUCUAACAUGCCUUUGGCCAAAACUACUCCAUUGCCAGAUGGGCUUUUUGAGGAUGAGUUUGAGAAGAGUGUCAAUAUGAGCACCUAUCUGGUUGCAUUUAUUGUGGCCAACUUCAGCAGCGUCAGUACAAAUGUCUCUAACACUGUGGUCUCCAUAUACGCAGUUCCAGAUAAAAAGGACCAAGUUCAUUACGCGCUGGAAACAGCUGCCAAGCUGCUGCAUUUCUACAACGGUUUCUUUGAGAUCAAGUAUCCGUUGCGCAAAUUAGACUUGGUGGGCAUCCCAGACUUCCUUGCUGGAGCAAUGGAGAACUGGGGUCUCAUCACAUUCCGGGAGACGACACUGCUCGUGGGUAAUCAUUCCUCGCUCAUGGAUAAACAACUAGUGUCCUCCGUCAUUGCCCAUGAACUUGCACAUCAGUGGUUCGGGAACCUGGUCACAAUGCGCUGGUGGAAUGAUCUCUGGCUGAACGAAGGAUUUGCUACAUACUUGCAGUACUUGUCUAUUGAGAAAGUGUUCCCCAAUCUUGACAUUGACAAUGAGUUCCUGAGUGUACGUUUCAGUGCCCUCGCCAAAGACGCAAUGAAUUCAUCCCAUCCUGUGUCUGCUGAAGUAACUGAUCCAGAGGAAGUAGAAGAGAUGUUUGACUCUGUGUCUUAUGAAAAGGGUGCCUCUCUUUUACUGAUGCUGAAUGAAACACUUGGUGAAGAAGUGUUCAGGAAAGGAGUGAUUGAGUAUCUGAAAAAGUACAAAGGCAACAACACAGAGAAGGAAGACCUGUGGAACAGCCUUUCACAGUUCACAAACCAGUCCAUUGAUGUGGCACAGAUGAUGAACACCUGGACUGUACAAAAAGGUUUCCCACUGGUAACCGUGAACAGAAAAGGCAACCAAGUGAAAGUAACACAAGACCAUUUCCUCCUAAACGCUGGCGACCUCACAAAUCACAGCAACUUGUGGCACAUCCCACUGACGUACAUCAAUGACACUUGUAGCAGCUCCAUUUCCUGCAAGCAACUGUUUUAUUUUAAGGACAAAACGGCCACCUUUAACAUUACAGGCAGUGUGAAGUGGCUGAAGUUUAACUACAGGAGUGAUGGCUUCUACAUAGUGGACUAUGGAGAUGAAGGCUGGAGGGUACUGAUCGAGGCCUUGAAGGAAAACGUGAAUGUUCUUCCACCAGAGGACCGAGCAUCUCUCAUUAAUAAUGUCUUUGCUCUGUCAAGGUUAGGAAAGGUGUCCUUCAGACAAGUGUUAAAUCUCUUGGAUUAUAUAAAGGAUGAAACAGAAACGGCACCACUGACUGAAGCCCUGACACAGCUCAACUCCAUCUAUAGGCUACUUGAGAAAAGAUCCGAUUUAAAUCUAUUGUCCAGGAUGAAGAGCUACAUUUUUGAUCAUUUCGGCAAACUGAUGGAUAACCAGUCAUGGGGUGAAGAGACGUCUGUGUCUAAAGUGAGUCUGAGGUCGGUCCUGCUGGAGACAGCCUGCUCCCUCAGCAGAACAGAAUGCACUGAGAAGGCCAAACAACUCUUUGAUCAGUGGAAAUCCUCUAACAAAACGGUUCCUGGAGACCUCCUGACAGCAGUUCUCUCUGUGGCAGCCCAAACUGACGAACGUUGGAAUGUGUUAUGUGACUCUUACGUACAUUCCAUCUACGACUCGGAGAAACGCAAAACACUGGAGGCUUUGGCCAGCACUCAGGAUAUACGAAAAAUCGCAUGGCUCCUAAAAGCAGGUCUUGAUGGAAGUCCGAUUCAGACCCCUGAACUUCCUCUUGUGAUUAACAGAGUAAGCAGACAUUUUGCAGGUUACCUGUACGCUUGGGAUUUUGUGAAGGAGAACUGGGAUAAACUCACACAAAAAUUUCCCAUUGGCAGUUUCCCUUUGCAAAACAUAAUCAUGUCUGCGACCAGCCAGUUCUCUACAAAGACGCACCUUGAGGAGGUUCAGAGUUUUUUCGGCUCUUCAAAGAAGAGAGGAUCUCAAAUGAGGAGCGUUCAGGAGGCCAUCGAGAACAUUCAGCUGAACAUGUUCUGGAUGGAGAACAACCUGGACACACUCAGGGAGUGGCUGUAGGCACAGAGGGCCAGCUUCCUUACACACAGACGCACACACGCACAUACCCCUCAGGUGAUGAGGCCGAGCACUUGUGAGUGAUGUUACAGCGAUCACGGCCAGAGUCAAAUGUGUGCAGAGAUGUGACAGGGAUGAAGAAAUCAGAAUACCUUUGUUUUUUUUUUAAACUUUAUUUUGCGGCUAUUUUUAUGCAGUUUUUUUUUAGCUGCUCUCUGAUUAGCACUCUACAUUUUCCAUUGAAAACCAGAGGUGCUAAAAUCUACUGUUUAGCUGUAGCAUUUAGAUUUAUAUGUAAAAUUCUGCUUUUUCAGCGGUCAGACCAGACGCAAAUAAAAUCCACCUGGCAGAACAAGAGCAAAAAAAGGCAGGAUAUGAACAGUACCUGGACCAGAUUUUGCCUCCUUUGGCACACUUGGCACACAUCUGAAAAAAAUGAUAUGACUCUUCCACCAAUAUAUGCCAUACUGUGGUAAAUUCAGUUUUUUUAAUUUGCUUGCUAGGAUUAGCACCUCUGAAAAACAAUGGUUAAGGAAAGGUUGUGUUUAUCAUACUGUAAAUACCAACACAUUGGUUUGUACACUGUUGUUUAUGGGCUUCCUGUUAAGUGCGUUAUAUAUCAGAGGUGGCACGUUGCCUGCCUGCCUUCAUGCCUUUCUUGCUGCUUCGAGUCGUGUGGGAAACUAUGCUGACCUUUCUGAUUUUGUUCUGUCCUGUCCCUGCACACAUGCGGCUUUGGCCUAUGACUGUUUGCACUAUUGGGAAUUCCAGCUUGCUCAGGGUUACUCCAGGUUGUGAACGAUGGCGCAUGAUUGCUACAGACCAAUCCUCUCAGAAGUGUCUUUUCAACAUGCCUUUGCAUACGUUGCCAAAAAAAAGUCAUUUAAGAAGAAUAUGAUUUCUGAAUUUGAGAUCAUGCAACGGGGAAGCAUGUCACUAGAACUAGAAGACCUUUCGUACCGAGAUAGUUUAUCUGUCUGGAUGUGUGCAGACAAUCAGUCUUGUAAGGUAUUUGCAAAACCAUUUUUAAAAAAUGAAUGGAAUUUGCAGUGCUUGUAGCUGGUACUGUGUAAAUACUCUUUUGCCUUAGCAGUUUUGCUCAUAAGCCUUAUUCUUUAAGUUUGUUGCAGUUUGAAAGUACUGAUUUUAUUGUGUUUUAUAGAUUUUAUGCAGACUUGCACAUAGUGAAGUCAGAGGCUUUUAUUAAGUUAAAGCUUAGAUUUUAAGUGUGGAUAUUUUAUUGUAUAUUUAAGUUUUGCUAUGCACAUUGGGAAUGAAGCUUAUAUUAAAAUAUUAAUGUAAUAUUUUCACGCAUCAGGAACAAAGACAGUGUCACUGAAUCAUUCAAUUGAGCUGCAAAUUCACUGAACGUGCAGGUGAGCAUUAAAUUCACUGUUGUCGUUCAGUGAUGGCAGCAUUGUUAGAUGUAGUUUGCAUUCGCGUAUGGUCUGUUUUGGGUCUUGUAAACUUGCAUGUACUUUUAUCCUGCUGGUGCGGGGCCACACCAAUUUCCUCCCCUUUAACAAUGACUCGCACACAAAAGCUUCUGCAGUCUGAUAAAGGAGUUGUGAGCAACCUCAUGCUUGGCUAGAUUAACGAUGCGCAGGCACACCAGCCCUUUAAAGAUAAGAUUAGCAUCAUAAGAGAUAAGAUUAGCAUCAUAGCUACAGUAUCAGUUCAGCAGAACGUGUUUCAAUUCUCAGUAUAUAGGGUUUUUGUGAAGAUAAAAAAAAAAUCAUGUCACUAGGCCAUCUCAGUUCAGUAAUUUUAUCCACUGACACAUGCUUACAAGCCUUCUUCAAAUGUUCUGACAUGGAGGAUUAGUCUGAAAUUCUAUCCACUCUCUUUUCCAAACCCGAUGAAGCAUUAUAGGAUUUUCCAUUAAUUAACAAAUGCUUAAUAAACACACUGUUUGAUACUUUUUGUUCUUAUAGUUUGUGAAGUGGUGUAGGCCAUAUUUAAAAAAAAUAUAUAUAUAUUGAGAGAUCAAACUUAUUUGACUUCAUAUUUCAUCAUGAUAAUGUAAUAACAUUAGGGAUGCAUUGAAAGUCUGGCCAUACCAAAUAUGGCCAAAAACCAUUUCCAUUACUGGUUUGAUACACCACCUAAAAUCAUGACAUCCAGUUAAUAUGCAGAGAACAUACCAUAGUUUUAUAUUUUGUAAAUUUUUUUUAUUUUAUUUAUUGUCAGUUUGGUUUUGAGGAGUAAUGUCCUGUUGAAAGGAUGAACUUAAAUAAUAAAUAAUAGUGGGUCUUUUUCCAUUACCAAGUUUUAAUUUAGUAUUAAUUAAUCAAUUAUAUUCAAGUAUCUAAUGCAGAUAUUAUUAUUAUUAUUAUUAUUAUUAAUCUAGAACUUGGUUUUCAGUUUUUCAGAGUGCCCUGAAUUUUGGUUUCUGACAAGCAUUUUAGUUCAUCACCAUAUAAUAUUAAUAAUGCAAAUUGGUACAUAUUCUUAAUGAGAUGAGUCAGUUUAAAUAAAUCAAUAUAUUUAUACCUGUGCAGCAUCAUGAUACUAUGUUGGACUCUUUUUUUUUUUUUUAAACGUAUUUUUGUGCUAUUGCCACAUUUGAGAGGCUUCUCACUGAAUGUAUUAGCAUUGUGAUUUUGCAGUGGUGGGCUUUGAAUAUGAAUCUGGUGCAUUUCUAGAUACAGCUGCUUCAAUAUUAUUUUCUGGUAUGGAAUACUGUCAGCUACACAAGUCAACGAUUUUAAUCAGUUCGAGUAAUUUUGUUACAUGUAUGUAUGCUUUUACUGUUUUUGGUUUUAGCAGACAUGAAGGUUUGAGCUCAAGAACUCUGUGGUAGAGGCCAGUUUUUCCAACUGCAGCCUUAAACAUUACAAAAUGUAUUUCAUACUUAAUUUGAAAUACAAUGAUGAAGUCCAAAGUUUUUGGACAGUUACACUGACCUCAUAUAGGUACCAGACAGGAGUAUCACUGCAUCCUUGUCUCCAUUAAUAACCAUAACUGAAUUCAAGUAAAGAUUUGGGGCACAUCUUACUGUGUUUAUGAUUUAUUAAAGUCACAUUUUAGCCCCUACACACGGGGGUAUAGUUUAACACCUCAGUGUGGAUUUUGCUCAAGAAGUUUUGUUUGUGUGAUACUGAACUGCCUGUCAAUGUAAUUCACCUGUGAAAAUGCUCAGAGGUCUGUUUUCUGUUAGUACUCCAGCACCUGUAUCAGUCAUAAGCUCUUUAGUACUGUAGGAUAUCCAUGUACAGCAGCUGAAUGAAUGAAUGAAUGGAUGGAUGUGUAUUGAUUAAUUGAUAAUUGGUUGAUUUUCUUUGUACUCACUGUUACAGAUUGAAAUAUACAUUUCCCACUGAUGUUUUCAAAUGAUCUGUUCAAUAUUUUUGAAAUUGUUGUCAUAUUUUUUUUGUUUCUCUUUUUUGAAAUGUCAUUUUAAUCAGUUUUGCUAGUUGCAAAGUCAUAGUGAACAUGAAUAUUGUUUCUGUCUCUUUUUUUUUUUUUUUUAUUGCAUGUAGUCUUGUCCUCUGUCACCAUCCUUCCGAUGUAUUUUGUGCAAAAUCUUUACACUGGAUUUGCCUACACGAUUCAAAGUUAUGUACUGUGUGUGUGUGUGAGAGUGAGUGAGUGUGUGUGUGAGAAAACACACAGAGAAAACUGUCUUUAUUAAAAGGAAAAAAACACAAAUAAAUUUUCUUUAAAAUAUCUGA